GGGAGAGAGAGGCAGCUAGGCCAUGGGGGUUCACCCCGGGCUGCGGCAGCAGCUAGUAGCAAAGCAGCUGGAGUCCCCGGACUUCCGCCGGUCAACCAUCGACGGCCAAACUAGCGCCCCAACCCUCCUCAUCACCGUCGUGGUUGACAGCGCUUUCCGUGCCAGGAGCGUCGUCCAAUGGCAUGGCCUCUGCCAGGGGCCUCCGACUGGCACGUUGCCGGCGGGCUGUAUCGACGACGUGACGUCAACGUACUACUACUAUGUGGCUGAUCGUGCGUGCUCUGAACGAGACUGCACUGGAAAGUUCACCGGAGUGCAAGGAGGCGAGGCUGGACGGACUGCCGGCGGUUGCGUGCGCCAUGAAACAAACAAUCAUGUACAUCCUUCUGGGCAGGGGCCAUAUGCGUGCCCCGAAGCGCAACUCAUGGCAAACUGUCCUGUCAUUCGCCUCAAUGAAGAUAGUGCGGUCGAGCGGCUCCUCCGGUGGUCCGCCGUGACAUUGGAGGCCGCAGGCUGCUGGGUUGCUGGUAUAUGCGGGGGUAGGGACCAUGUUCUCUAUGCGUGCCCUGAAUCGCAACUCAUGGCAGAUGGCUUCGGUGGCUAGGCACAGCGCGGGUUUCACCGUGUAAUCGAAAUGUUUGGAAUAAUACUUACUUUCUCUCUUCUAUGAGGAGCAUAUAAUCGAAAUGUUUGGAAAAGCUA